CUCGCGAGGCCAGAGGCUGAGGUGGCAGUGACUCUGCCGACAUGGAGCUGUUGCAGAUGCCGGAACUGAUGGGGCUGUCGCUGUUGCUCGGGCUGCUGGCCCUGAUGGCGACGGCGGCGGUAGCGCGGGGGUGGCUGCGCGCGGAGCAGGAGACGUGCGGCCGGUCCGCAGGCCAAAGAGCAAAUGGAUUUCCACCUGACAAGUCCUUGAGAUCCAAGAAGCAGAAACAACAUCAGCGGAUUCACAAGGAAAAGCCUCAGCAACACAACUUCACCCACCGCCUCCUGGCUGCAACAUUGAAGAGCCACAGUGGGAACAUAUCUUGCAUGGACUUUAGCAGCAAUGGCAAGUACCUGGCCACCUGUGCCGAUGACCGUACCGUCCGCAUCUGGAGCACCAAGGACUUCCUGCAGCGGGAGCACCGCAGCAUGAGAGCAAAUGUGGAGCUGGACCAUGCCGUCCUGGUGCGCUUCAGCCCUGACUGCAGAGCAUUCAUCGUCUGGCUGGCUAACGGAGAUACCCUCCGUGUCUUCAAGAUGACCAAGCGAGAGGAUGGGGGCUAUACUUUCACGGCCACCCCAGAGGACUUUCCUAAAAAGCACAAGGCAGCCAUCGUCAGCAUUGGCAUUGCUGACACAGGGAAGUUCAUCAUGACUGCUUCCAGUGACACAACUGUCCUCAUCUGGAAUCUGAAAGGUCAGGUGCUCUCUACCAUCAACACCAACCAGAUGCACAAUACAUGUGCUGCUAUAUCCCCUUGUAGCAGGUUUGUGGCCUCAUGUGGCUUCACCCCGGAUGUAAAAGUUUGGGAAGUCUGCUUUGGGAAAAAAGGGGACUUCCAGGAGGUUGUGCGAGCCUUUGAACUGAAGGGCCACUCUGCAGCCGUCCACUUCUUCGCUUUCUCCAGUGACUGCCGGAGGAUGGCCUCUGUCUCCAAGGAUGGUACGUGGAAACUGUGGGACACAGAUGUGGAAUACAAGAAGCAGGACCCCUACUUGCUGAGGACAGGCCGUUUUGAAGAAGCAAGCACCGUGCCGUGCCGCCUGGCACUCUCCCCUGACGCCCAGGUUUUGGCUUUGGCCAGUGGCAGCAGUAUUCAUCUCUAUAAUACCCGGCGGGGUGAGAAGGAGGAGUGCUUCGAGCAGGUCCAUGGGGAGUGUAUCAGUGACUUGUCCUUUGACGUCACUGGCCGGCUUCUGGCCUCCUGUGGGGACCGGGCAGUGCGGCUCUUCCACAACACCCCUGGCUACCGGGCAGUGGUGGAGGAAAUGCAGGGCCUCCUCAAGCGGUCCUCCAGUGAGAGCACCCGCCAGAGGCUACAGCAGCAGCUGACGCAGGCCCAGGAGGCCCUGAAGAGCCUGGGUGCCUUGAGGAAAUGACUCUGGGAGGGCACAGCAGGAAAGGUCUGGCCUUCUGCCUUUGCUUCCGUGGCUUUUCCCAGGUACUCCCCAGCUGGAGGCCUUUUGAAAGGGGUGUGCUGAUUUUCUUAAUGGUGACUCCUCUCUCCUUUUUCCCAUUGAAACUAUUCUUGCCUACUUAGAUCUCUCUCUCUUCUUGCUGGUGUGACUCCUGGCCUUACUUGACCUCCCAGGCCAACGACCAAGGUGCUUCUCUUUUUCCUGGGCCCAAGGGGUGGAAUCUGUCUUCACCAGGCACUGAGGAGAGUGGUAAUUAGAAGAGAAAGAAAGAACAUGGUCUUUGACCUUGUGGCAACACACCCUGCUAUCCAAAGAAGCGUGUAAUUGUGGGACUUCCCUGACGGUCCAGUGGUUAAGACUCUGCGCUCCCAAUGCAGGGGGCUUGGGUUUGAUCCCUGGUCGGGGAACUAAGG